AUGUCGAACCUGUUGCAAGCUGCAGUGCGAAGAAUUUAUAACAUCAGCAAGAGCAGUGCUGGAGGGACGCCCCUGCCAGAGAGUAGUGCAGGAGGGACGCCCCUGCCAGAGAGCAGUGCAGGAGGGACGCCCCUGCCAGAGAGCAGUGCAGGAGGGACGCCCCUGCCAGAGAGCAGUGCAGGAGGGACGCCCCUGCCAGAGAGCAGUGCAGGAGGGACGCCCCUGCCAGAGAGCAGUGCAGGAGGGACGCCCCUGCCAGAGAGCAGUGCAGGAGGGACGCCCCUGCCAGAGAGCAGUGCAGGAGGGACGCCCCUGCCAGAGAGCAGUGCAGGAGGGACGCCCCUGCCAGAGAGCAGUGCAGGAGGGACGCCCCUGCCAGAGAGCAGUGCUGGAGGGACGCCCCUGCCAGAGAGCAGUGCAGGAGGGACGCCCCUGCCAGAGAGCAGUGCAGGAGGGAUGAAUAAGCCAGCAUUGUUACAUCUUGGUGUGAGGUGUCAACAUGCAGCCAGCGGUCACUGCAACCUGACGGUGGAACACAGCGGUCACUGCAACCUGACGGUGGAACACAGCGGUCACUGCAACCUGACGGUGGAACACAGCGGUCACUGCAACCUGACGGUGGAACACAGCGGUCACUGCAACCUGACGGUGGAACACAGCGGUCACUGCAACCUGACGGUGGAACACAGCGGUCACUGCAACCUGGCGGUGGAACACAGCGGUCACUGCAACCUGACGGUGGAACACAGCGGUCACUGCAACCUGACGGUGGAACACAGCGGUCACUGCAACCUGACGGUGGAACACAGCGGUCACUGCAACCUGACGGUGGAACACAGCGGUCACUGCAACCUGACGGUGGAACACAGCGGUCACUGCAACCUGGCGGUGGAACACAGCGGUCACUGCAACCUGACGGUGGAACACAGCGGUCACUGCAACCUGACGGUGGAACACAGCGGUCACUACAACCUGACGGUGGAACACAGCGGUCACUACAACCUGACGGUGGAACACAGCGGUCACUACAACCUGGCGGUGGAACACAGCGGUCACUACAACCUGGCGGUGGAACACAGCGGUCACUACAACCUGGCGGUGGAACACAGCGGUCACUACAACCUGACGGUGGAACACAGCGGUCACUACAACCUGACGGUGGAACACAGCGGUCACUACAACCUGACGGUGGAACACAGCGGUCACUACAACCUGGCGGUGGAACACAGCGGUCACUACAACCUGGCGGUGGAACACAGCGGUCACUACAACCUGGCGGUGGAACACAGCGGUCACUGCAACCUGACGGUGGAACACAGCGGUCACUGCAACCUGACGGUGGAACACAGCGGUCACUGCAACCUGACGGUGGAACACAGCGGUCACUGCAACCUGACGGUGGAACACAGCGGUCACUACAACCUGACGGUGGAACACAGCGGUCACUGCAACCUGACGGUGGAACACAGCGGUCACUGUAACCUGACGGUGGAACACAGCGGUCACUGUAACCUGGCGGUGGAACACAGCGGUCACUACAACCUGACGAUGGAACAUACGUUAUUACAGACACAAAAUAUAGUUCAGUAA